AUGCCUACUUCGGACCGCUGCGGUUGCUUAGGCGGUAGCGAUGUUCGAGGUGUUGGCUUCGGAGUGGCACUGCUGCUGCAAGUAUCCAUCUGUAAGAAUGGCCUUUUUGGUCCUACGUCUUCAGCACCCGGAAAUCCUUUUGGUGAGUUCAAUCCAGCUUAUGGUCCUCAUUUCCCUACUGGUGGAGUGGCGAUAUGUGCUGUGUCUCCGGCUCAAUGUGAGAAAUCAGCUUAUCGAACGUUAGAUGGCUCCUGUAACCAUCUUGAUAACCCUCACUUGGGAGUUGCGAAUUCGAGAUACGGACGCUUGCUAUCAUCGAAGUACGGGGAUGGCAUUUCGUCGCCGUCUCGAUCAAUAACAGGCGAAGAGUUGCCGAAUGCAAGACUUAUUUCACUAGUCGUUUUUGGGGAACUGGAUGUUCCGGAUCCACAAUUUACAUUAGUCAACAUGCAGUGGGGUCAAAUAUUAACACAUGACAUGAGCAUGCAGGCUGGUGGAACCCAAGCCAGGAAACAUCCAACACGUUGCUGUACUGAUGACGGUCGCCUUAUUGCCACGAAUGAAGCACAUUCAACAUGUUAUCCUAUUGUGAUACCACCUAACGAUCCCGCCUACUCCCAAGUGGGUACAGAAUGCCUAGACUUUGUGCGAACUCUAACAGACCGUGACAUUAAUUGUUUAUAUAAUAAUGGUCCAGCAGAGCAAUUGAGUGCUGUAUCAUCUUAUGCCGAUCUCUCACUUGUUUACGGAAAUUCUAUACAGCAAAAUAGUGAGAUACGGUCUUUUGAGGGCGGCCGAAUGUUAGUGGAUCAACGAAGUGGGGGUGAAUACCUUCCCCCAUCCCGAAAUGCCACUGGUGAUUGCGAUGCCGCCCCGGCCGGUGAGGUGUGCUAUCAAGCUGGUGACAUUCGGGUAAAUCAGAAUCCCGGAUUAGCCAUUUUACAUACCAUUUUACUGCGAGAGCACAAUCGCAUCGCUGAUACUUUGGCUAAACUGAAUCCGCAUUACAACGAUCGGACACUAUUUCAGGAGGCACGUAAAAUAAAUAUUGCACAAUAUCAACAUAUAAGCUACUAUGAGUGGUUACCUAUAUUCCUUGGAUUGGAAAAUAUGCUAAAGAACCGACUAAUUUACAAAAGCGCAUCUAACAAUUUCAUCAAUGAUUUCGUUAGCUCUAUUGAUCCGUCCGUUUUGAAUGAACAUGCAACAGCAGCAUUUAGAUAUUUUCACUCUCAAAUCGAGGGGAGAUUAGAUUUGGUUUCUGAGCUGCGAUCAGUUUUGGGGUCCCUAAGAUUGAGUGAUUGGAUGAACCGACCAGCCGUAAUAGAAAUUGGCGACAACUUUGACUCUUUAACCCGAGGACAUGCAACACAACCUGAAGAACUAACUGAUAUAAAUUUUGACAGAGAGAUAAAGCACUUCCUGCUGAGACGGAAUAUGCCAUUCGGCGGUGAUCUGCGAGCUAUCGAUAUUCAGCGGAAUCGAGACCAUGGAUUAGCAUCUUACAACGAUUUAAGAGAGUUUUGUGGCCUCAAGCGAGCCAGUAGCUGGGAAGAUUAUGGUGAUCUCAUCGAGCUCAAUAUUAUUGAAAAAAUGAAAUCCUUAUACGCCAGCCACGAAGACGUUGAUCUUACUGUGGGCGGUGCCGUGGAGGCACAUAUAACAGGAGCUCUUGCUGGACCCACAUUCCUUUGUAUACUUACAGAACAGUUCUAUCGUACACGUGUUGGCGACCGAUUUUGGUAUGAAAAUGCAGAUCCAUUGACAGGAUUCACAGAAGGUAAAACAGUCUAA